CUUUCUUAUCCAACCUUCUAUUUUCUCCGCCGGUGGCAUCCCCCGUAAAUAAACCCAACUUCGUUGGCAUUUCCCCAAUCUUCGAUUUCUCCCUUCUUUCUUGUAGAUCCCGACGAUGGGGAAUGCCGGCGCGAAGGAGGCGGACAACGGCGCCGGCGGCCCCGAUGAGGAGGCGGGAUCCGACGGGGAGCCGCGGAGUGAAGGUGUGCGGCGAGUUGGGUCUUCUGAUUCGAUAGACAACACGCCGCCGGAGAGCCCUGGCCGAUCAAGAUCGCCCCUCAUGUUUGCCCCGCAGGUUCCUGUUGCCCCUUUGGUGAGAGGUGCUGAAAUAUCACCAUUUUUUAGUCAGUUACGGAUGAAUGACUCUCAUGGGACUCUGAAUGCACCCCUCGGAAAGGGUGUUCCGACAAUGAUUAUCUGGAGUCAUGGUGGGAAUGAAGUCUUAGUGGAGGGGUCAUGGGAUAACUGGACUGCUAGGAAGGCUAUGUACAAGUCUGGCAUGGAACAUUCUGUUUUGAUGGUUCUUCCAUCUGGCGUCUAUCAAUACAGGUUCAUUGUUGAUGGAGAACAAAGAUACAUUCCUGAUCUUCCACAUACACAGGACGAGAUGGGGUUCAUCUCAAAUCUCCUUGAUGUCCAUGAAUAUGUACCAGAUGACCUACAAAGCGUUUCAGAAUUCGAACCCCCUCCAUCACCAGACUCAACUUACAACCAGCGAUUCCCCGCCGACGAGGACUUCGCCAAGGAGCCACUGGCAGUGCCGCCACAUCUACACCUCACCGUUCUUGGCAAGGAGGAACCAGCAACAAAACCUCCGCAUGUCAUCUUAAACCACCUUUUCAUAGAGAGAGGAUGGGCUGCACAGUCACUUGUUGCUCUUGGAUUGACCCAUCGGUUUCAGUCCAAGUAUGUGACCGUCGUCCUUUACAAGCCCAUGCUGCGAUAGCCGAAGAUAGCAGCCUUAACUUCCUCCCCUUCCCCUCAUGUACAUAGAAGAGCCUUAGUUGUGCUGUUUUUAGUUGGUUGAGAUGUUUUUUUCUCUCAAGAAUUACUCUAAAGUUGCAUUUCCAUAUAUGUUCAUCUUUCUUAAGUU